AUGCGACUUCUCGACGCUCGAACACUCGAACUCCAAACCUUUUAUGGGGACGAAAUCCCUUCGUAUGCAAUCCUGUCACACACCUGGCUACGGGAUGAGGAUGAGGUCACCCAUGCGCAAAUACAGGAUCUAGAGAACUGCCGCCAUAUGUUUGGAUAUCAGAAGAUCGAAUACACAUGUCGACAAGCAUUGCUAGAUGGCCUCAAGUACGUCUGGAUUGAUACGUGCUGUAUCGACAAGACGAAUAGCACAGAGCUGUCCGAAGCUAUAAGCUCAAUGUUCGAAUGGUACUCCGAAUCGUUUGUCUGUUAUGUCUACCUUAUGGAUGUUGAAUCAGAGGAAAUGACAGAGAGCUUCGCGUGUAGUAGGUGGUGGACUCGGGCGUGGACUCUACAAGAACUCCUCGCUCCAACGGACGUCCAGUUUUACAACGUCCUCUGGCAGCGCAUGGGAUCGAAAAUUGCUUCCAUCUCUAUCAUCACAUCCGUCACUGGCAUAGACGAGGAGACCGUACGCACUCCUAGCAGGAUGUUUGACAGGAGCAUUGCACAACGUUUGUCCUGGGCGGCUGGCCGUGAGGCUAAGAGAAUUGAAGACCGAGCAUAUUCUUUGAUUGGGCUGCUCGGUGUUAAGGGUAUGACUAUGCAGUAUGGUGAAGGCUCGGGUGCCUUCAUGCGCUUGCAAGAGUUGAUUUUACAAGACAACAACGACCAAACUUUAUUCGCCUGGAAUUUCAUACCCAAGACAAUCCCAGAGAUGUACGAUGAGAUUGGAAAGCAUGAAAUUCUCGCCUCGAGCGCUUUAGUAGGAACUGCAUCUGAACGCCUGGAUAAUCGCGAGGAUCGUAUGUCGGAAUCAGACCAAAACGAUCAAGAACCAAAGUUUCAUCUAGACGAAGAGUUUUUGAGUCUUUCUCCUAAUGGAUUGUUCGCGAUGGAUCCAGACUAUUUCCGUCAUUCCAAUAGAGUCGUUUUCCAAGAAAUACAUGGCAUUGGAAGCGACCUGGUUAAACUCAGCGGCGCAUGGCGCAUGAAUAUGCCGAUUGUACAUAUGAAGGAACGACAUAGAACAUACCAGAUUGGACUUCUUCCGAGCUCCUAUGCGGAUCGGCCUUAUCAUUUGUUGGCUAUUCUACUCUAUUCCUGGAGCGGUGGCAGCCGUUAUUAUCGUAUCGGGCUUGGGGGGCAAACAUUCACGUUUCUUGUGGACGUUAACCUUGUCAAAGAUGCCUACGUUGAGCGGCUCUGGGUCGAAGGAUCGAAAGGGUUAUACCUUCCCAGCCAGCCUAUGACAGACCGAAAUGUGAAAGAUUAUAGGAGUAUUAAAGUUCGCAUCGAACCAAACCAGGAUGAUUGGUGUUUCACAAUCGCAACACCGAAGGAAGCUAUAUGGUCAUCAAGCGACAUGGUAUUACGAUAUGUAACUAACCGACCUAAAACACACUUGUUCGGCGGGACAGAUAAUGGGGACCGGUUUUUGCUCAGUUUCAAGUAUUGCACCGAUGCUCAAAUCAAUUUCGUCCUGGAACUGCCAAACUUACCGGUCGUUCAGUCACCUGCCGGGGGUGAGCUUGAUAGGAGCCGAAUAGUGGUCUUCGUGGGCGAUGAACGUGAUGAAGACUGGGCUGAGCAUCUCAAACAGAUGUGGGACGAGGUCGGCAACGCGGAGAGCAGUACCCCUGGAUGGACACUACAAGCUUCUGUCACCACGCGUCGCGUUUUCAAUCAACUCAUAUCUACUCUGGAUAUCACUAACACGAAAAGCUUGGCUGAUUACAACAAUUAUAUAGGCGAGUUGGAUUUGAGCCAGGGCAAGGAUCUGUCAAACUAUACGAGAAGCCGGGAAGAAUUGUUCAGGAUGUCCAAUGCACUCCAUCCCUGCCCUAAAGGUGGUGCUAAUAUGCCAGUGUUUCUGGAGCGACCAUGGAGGAUGCUGCACAACACUAAGGAGAACGAAUAA